AUGCACUUCCAGCGGCAGAAGCUGAUGGCCGUGACCGAAUACCUGGCCCCUCGGCCGGCUAUCCCGCCGCGCUGCGUGGUCCCCAGGAGGGAAAAGGCUGAGGAGGACAAUGGCUACGCCCGGCUGUUGCGGCGGCAGGUGGAGGAGGUGUUCCGGAACAAUCGGAUGAUUGCUGUCUGUCAGUACAACUCCAUGCCCGGUGAGGAUGUGGUGCUGAUGAGGCACUACCUUCGAAAGCACAACAUUGAGGUCAAGUUCGUCCUGAACGAGAUUGUCAGACCCGUGCUGUCGCAGUCCAAGUACAAGAAUCUCCUCCCUCUCUUUGUUGCACGCAAUAUCCUGCUGGUGAGCCCAGAAACGAAGGUGAAGGAGAUGCUGCGGGUGCUGAAGGGAGUUCCGCAGGUCAACCUCCUGGGCGCCUGCAUCGACAACGCCAUCCUGAGCAGGCAGGGAGUGGAGAACUUUGCCAAGCUGCCCUCGCUGGAGGCCACCCAGGGGCAGACGGUGGGUGCCCUGGCCCUCCUGCCCUCCCAGACGUCCUCCCUGCUCCAGCGCGGCUCCGCACACCUCACGGCUCUCCUGGAUCAGCACAUCCGCCAGCUGCAGGGCUCGGAGAGCUGGGAGGUGGUGGAGGAGCCGCGUGCGCGGGGCAGCCCAGGCCAGGAGCCACAGCGGCACGAGGGGUACCUGCUCAAGAAGAGGAAAUGGCCCCUGAAGGGCUGGCACAAGAGGUACUUUGUGCUGGAAAACGGCAUCCUGAAAUACGCCACCACGCGCCAGGACGUCCUCAAGGGUAAACUGCACGGAGCCAUCGACAUCCGUCAGUCCGUCAUGUCCAUCAACAAGAAGGCACAGCGG